GGCACAGGUUCCAGGCUCCACCUCCUCCAAGAGAGCUGCCUUCUGCCCCACUUUUGCGCCACGCCUUUCUUCUAGCUGAGGCCAAUAAUGUCCAGGACUACCGGAACCAGAUCCUUUCCACUUUUGGCACAGUGUUAAAAAUGGAUUCCACCAAGAAAGUGGUGAAGAAACUGUCUGGAGAGGGCCAUGGCUCAGCUCAGUGGUUCACCAGUAUUGCCAAUGAAUUCUCCCAAAUAGUGACCUUUGUGUUGACCUGUGAGGAGUCCACAGUGAAGCUGGCACCAAUGUGCAGUGGAGUCAUACAAAGGUUCCGACUGGCUAAUCAACCGGUCCCCAAAAUUUUGUAUGUGGACCAUGGGUGUUGUCGUGCACAAGGUCCAACAGCUGUUGAGACUCUGUUUGAGGCUUGGGUGAACAGGGGAAUGGUUGUGCGUUUAGACAUCUUCCACUGGAUUCACCGAUUUGACGCAGCCAUUCGAACAGACAGUCACUCUAAGUACGCUGCCUUUAAGUCUGCGCUGGCUGGCGCUGUCCUGGCCUACAACUGCACUGACCUGGACCUACUCAUCAAGGCUGUCAGGGCCAAGCACAACAGGUUGAAGACUCUGUCUGAUGAGGACAUUGUCCGAGACCACAUUUCUAGGGACCACCUCAACUACCAUGUGCGAAGGGUCACGCUCGGGGCGCAGGAAACAUUCCGGCUCAUCCACAUGGCGAUUGAAGAGUUAAAGGGUUCGGCUGAGCUGGAUGAAAGCGGGAUGCCAUUGAUGACAUGUGGGCAAGCCAGCAGCGACACUUGGAGUGCAUCCAGGAUCCACCAGGCAUGAUCAUGUACAGGGUGGCGCGUAUUACGACCAUCAACAAAGUGGAUGUGCCGUACUACAAAUGUCUGCGUGGAAGCAAUAGCCUGGAGGGAUUCCACAAGAUGUUGCCUAAUAUGAUUCCAGGUAGAAACCUAGAAAUAGUGUCUGUUAGACACGGGCCAUGGAUUGUUGUAAUGCAUUUUUUUCUAU